AUGCAAACUUUCUACUCAACGUGGACGCCAAAUACAGAUCAGAGUACAACAGUCAUCAAUACUGAUAAGAUUGUUCGAAAAUUAGAAGCAGCUUAUGGGAUCGAGUCAGGUUCGAUCUAUAUCAAUACUAUUAUGAUCACUAAUGGUAAAUCAAAUGUUGAUGAUGAUCGUCGUCGCCCUCAAUCCGACAGAAAAGAACGCGAAAAGUGUGAUCAAUUGGGAUCUGUUGGUUCAAUUGUGGAAAUAACAAUGCAUAUAAUCUAUCCGGCAAAGUGUGGUAUAUCUAUGGCUUGUAAAAAAGAAUUUGCCAAUAUUAUCCAAGCUCGUAUUGAGACAUAUGUUUCAAGUAUUUCACUAAAGUUUGAAUUUGAUGAUGAAAGCUUCAGUGAAAUUGCGUUGACCAGAUGUAAGACAACCACUGAUUCAUCACUAAACACUUUAUCACGAUCACGACGCGGUAAAGCCACUACAAAAAAGUCCACUACAACACAACGCACUACAACGCCAGGUAAACAGCCGUAUGAUCCAUAA